AUGCUGAUAGAUACAAGGGNUGAUUCGGGACUAUGGUAUCAAUACCGCAAUACUCUCGAGUGUCNNUAUGGUGCCAGCUUCCUCGGCUGGUUUACUGCUGCAUUGACAAACACGCAUCUGAGUCAAUACCUUGAUCUCGGUGCAAUGCUUGUGCUUGGAGCGAUUCUGCAAGUCAUCGCUCAAGCUUUGCGUGCAUGGCCAACACCUUUCGGUCUCUAUGUCACCACUUUCUGGCUGACCUGUCUCGGACAAGCAUACCAGGACACUCACGCAAAUGCGUAUGUGGCCGUUGCUGCCAAAGGCGCUCAUCGAUGGCUAGGUUUCAUUCAUGCCAUGUAUAUGGCUGGCUGCUUGGUCGGGCCUUUUGCUGCAUCACCAAUCGCAUCAUCUCGAGGAUCUUCUAGCUUGUCUUCUCCCUGGUACUUCUUCUACAUGAUCCCUCUAGGCCUCGGCGUUCUGAACGUCAUCUGUUGCCUUUUGNCCUUUAGCGACACAGUGCGUCUGAAGCCCAAAGCUGCGAGCCCGUCAUCAACGCAAGACGAGACUGUCGCGACCUCCACAGGAUUUGCUGAGCACACAACCGACGAAAAAACUGCGGUUGAGCUUCUCAAGAAGACGCUUGCUCAGAAAAGCUUUUGGAACCUGAGUAUCUUUUACUUCUUCUAUCUCGGGGUUGUCAUAACUGCUAGCGGAUGGGUCGUCGAGUAUCUGGUCAAUGUUCGGAACGGCAACAUAUCUGAGAUGGGAUAUGUUCCUGCUGGUUUCAGCGGAGGUGCUCUAUUGGGUAGGCUACUUUUGCCUGAACCCACUCGUCGCUUCGGAGAGAGAUUGAUGGUCACUAUUUACUGUCUUAUCUGCAUUGGGUUGCAGAUAAUGUUCUGGUUUGUCCCAAAUAUCAUCGCAGCAGCUGUGGCAAUCAGUCUGAUUGGUUUCUUCUCUGGUCCUCUGUUUGCUACUGUGAGAACAAUAGUCCCAUGUUCGAGGCAAUAUAUGCUAAUAACGACAGNNGGCAUUUCUAUCGGCUCACGACUCUUUCCAGCAGACAUUCGAUCAACAGCACUUUCUUUGGUCUUUGUGUUUGCACAAAUUGGUGGCUCUUUGUUUCCAGUGAUUACAGGACUCGUCAGCUCGAGCAAGGGUGUAUGGGUACUUCAACCAAUGCUCAUAGGCUUGAUUUCAGCAACUGCGAUCAGCUGGCUUUUGGUACCUCAACCCAAGACAUCAAAUGUGGAGCUCCACCAGGAGUAA